AUGUUUCACUCAAUAUUUCAGCUCCUUCUUAUCCCUCUCAUCUUUUCGUUCGUGUUCUUAUUAUUUUUGAUUCCUUUCAAAUUGCUUUCAUCUCCUUCUAAAACCCCAAAAAACCCGCCACCAUCCGCAAAAAAGCUUCCAAUUAUCGGAAACCUUCACCAAAUAGGCUCAACCCUCCAUCUCUCUUUACAAGCCAUAACCCAAAAACACGGGCCACUUGUGUUGAUUCACCUAGGUAGUGUACCCGUGUUGGUAGUCUCCUCAGCCGAAGGAGCUAGAGAAAUCUUGAAAACCCAUGAUUUGAUAUUCUCAAGUCGAGCGAAGAAUUACAUUUACGACAUACUCAGUUUUGGUUCCAAGGACAUAGGGUUUGCCCCGUACGGAGAGUAUUGGAGGCAGGUCAAGAGCGUUACGGUGCUCCACCUUCUAAGCCGUAAACGAGUUCAAUCCUUUAGAAAACUAAGAGAAAAGGAAACAGUUGAUAUGAUUGAAACGAUUGGGAAAAAAUGUGGUUCUGUAGUUGAUAUAACCGGGAUGCUUUUCUUGCUUACUAACAACAUAUUAUGUCAGGCGGCGUUAGGAAAGACGUAUAGCGAUUUAAAGUUGAUGGACUUGAUGGCAAGAUCUCAGCACCUACUUGGUGCUUUUGUUGUAGGGAGUUAUAUUCCAUGGUUAUCAUGGGUGGAUCGAUUGCGUGGUUUAGAGCGAGGAGCAAAGCAAGUUGCUAAAGAAUUUGACGAGCUGCUUGAUGUUGUUAUUGACGAGCAUAUAGAUAAGAAUACGAAAGCAGAUUCUAAUGGUAAUGGAAGCCAGGAUCUAAUUGAUAUCUUACUUGAGCUUCAAAAGGAAAACACAAAAAACUUUACACUUGAAAAAGAUACCAUUAAAGGCGUCAUCUUCGAUGUGUUUGUUGCUGGAACCGAUGCAACAUACGCAAGUGUAGAGUGGGCACUAAGCGAGCUAGUAAGACACCCGGAUAUAAUGAAGAAGCUUCAAACCGAGGUAACAAAAAUAGCCAAAGGAAGAUCAAUGAUCAGCGAGGACGAUAUACAAGAAAUGCAUUACUUGAAAGCUGUCAUCAAAGAGAGCUUGCGAUUACACCCUCCGGUCCCAGUACUAAUUCCUCAUCAAUCAAGAGAGGAUGUGAAAGUAAUGGGUUAUGAUAUCGCAAAAGGCACCCAAGUGAUGGUUAAUGUUUGGGCAAUAGCAAGAGAUCCUUCCAUAUGGGAAGAACCGGAUAAAUUUAACCCCGAUAGGUUUCUGAACAGUUCCAUGGACUAUAGAGGAUUCGACUAUGAAUACUUGCCUUUUGGUUCCGGUCGAAGAGGGUGUCCUGGUACCGAAUUUGCUAUGGCGACUAGCGAGGUUGUUCUAGCAAACAUUGUGCUCAAGUUUGAUUUAACAAUGCCGAACGAAAGGAGACCCGUAGAAUUAGACAUGGAUGGAGCACCCGGAUUAUCUGUUGUUAGGAAGUCUCAUUUACUACUUGUGCCUUCUUCUCGUUUAGGGUAAAUUCCAUGAAGGUGUCAUCUAUCAAAUACGUAUAUAUAUAUAUAUAUAUUGUUAAGAUAAUAUAUUGUUAAGAUAUAUUUAUAAUAAACACUUCUGGUAUCCCGCAAUGCUGCGGUAGAAGUGCAUGUGUAUUAAUCUUUUUUAUUUCAAGAUUGUACGA